AUGAAUGAUACUUCAUCUUCUGUAUUCCCUGCACAAACGAAUUCCUCUUUGAGCUCUCCAAAAUUUCAAAAUUCAAAAUUUUGUUUUUCCUCGAUGACCACUCAACAACCUCAAAUUUAUGGCGAACAACCAUUAGACCACAGAUAUCAUCAAUAUAUUGGUAGUAAUAAUUUGGAAACACUCUUGAAUGCUAUCGAAGCAUCUCCUGUCAAUUUAUCGUCUCGGAAAUUCCAGAUGUCAAAACAAGGAAUAAAUAUAACUGUAUCACAUGAUGAAAUUCCGGACCAACGCACAUACAACCAAGAAGAACGUAUUAAAUUUGGCGAACAACAAAUUCAUAGAUUACUACCUCCUCCAAUCUCGAAAAAUUUACUUACUCCAGAUGCGAUGUCUAUCUCUUCGUUGAUAGAUUCCGAUAAACCGAUUAAAUCCUCGAUACCUCUUACUCCUCCGGACACCUCUUUAGCUUUCCCGGGUCUUUCCUCCUCUCCGACAAAAUCUUCUCCUGCUACUUCUCCGGUUCCUCUAGCAUCCAUUCUACCAUCGGCUCCAAUGUCUGUACCUUCUCCUACUGAUUCUAUUCCUUUCCCGCGUUUACAACCUUCUCCUCCUGCAAAUAUUUUUUUAAAUACUUUCCCUCUUCCAAGCGUUAAUCAAGCAAUAGGUGAUGUUGAUCGAACGCGUAGUUCACCUCCUCCUCUUAUUCAAAAUAAUAACUCUCCUCAUUUAAUAUCAAACAAAAGAAAAUGUGAUUCAAUUGAUUCUUCUCUUGUAAAUACUGCUUCUUAUUUGAGAGAGUCUCGUACAAAAAUACGUAGGUCAAUCGGUGAUCCUAUCUUACAAAAUCCUUCUUAUCCUUCUGUUGAUGAUCCUUCUUUAUCUACUGAAUCUUCUCCAAAAUUACUUCAUUGUCAAAAUGAUGCUGUUAAUUCUAUCCCUUUUCAUUUUACGACUAUUACUUGUUAUCAUGCUUCUGUUGCCCAAAAAUCUUAUGGUAGUGAAAAAAGAUUUUUAUGUCCUCCUCCUGUGGUUACUCUUGAAAAACCUUCAAACUCUUGUAGAAAUUUACAUGUAAAACCUGAAGUCUCGAUGUCUGUUGUUUGUGGUGAAACUGGUGAACGUUCAUUAGAACAAAGAGCUAUGCUUGAUGAAAAUAUGAAGGGUACUUUUAAAUACUUACAUGUUAGUGGUACUGCUAAAGCAAAACAUUUCACUUUAAAAUUAAAAAUUUUUCAUAAGAAUUCCUCUAUUCCAUACGCUGUGUUUGAUUCUGAUCCUGUCACUAUCAUAUCAAAACCUUCUAAAAAAACUGCAAAAGCUAGAAAUAUUUCUUCUUGUAUUUCUUCUGGUGAUCAUAUCUCUCUUUUUAAUCGUAUUAAUUCUCAAACUGUUCGAACUAAAUAUAUGGGCAUAGAAAGUGGUGAAUUAUGUGCAAAGAAUUCUACUUGGUCCUCUUUCGCUGGUUCUUUUUCGCCUACAAAUUCUUCAAAAGGUUCAUCUUCUCCAAUUUCUUCUCCUGGUUCUCCUUCUCCUAAUUCUGUAUGUUCAAAAACUCAAAUUACUUAUGGUUCUGAAGUUGUUCUCUCCGAUCCUACAACUGGUUUUAUUUCGGAUCACUUGAUUAUUCGUAAAGUGGAGAAAGGUCGUAUUGCUCAAGGUGCUUGUGGUCCUGUCAGUCAAAUGCAAAAAAUUGCAUUACAAUGUGUUCGUAUGAAUGGACGUGAAUCUCAUUAUCUUAGUGCUGCUGGUCCAAUAACGAUGGAUAGUCCACAAUUACAAGAUCAAUGUACUGUUAGUGGUGCUUCACCUUUUCUAGGCUAUCAAUCUUCUCGGGUUGUUCAUAUGCAAAAUGUUGAUUUUGCUAAAGAACCUUUUCGAAUGGUUUCAAUGCAAAAUAUUCCUUGUUCAAAAUCUGAUACAACUUCUACAAUUGUUGAAGAAGUUGAUGAUUAUUUAUGUUGGACCAUCGUAGGAAUUUCAAAAUUUCAAUAUCAAUAUACUUAUUAUGAAAAUUACGAUGCUUGUGGAAUUUAA